AUGAAGUUGAUCGAUCGACUGCUGGACAAAUGCUUCCAACGCCACGGGGCACUCGUGCUUAUCGUCGCUGGACUGCUGUGUCUCCAGAUUACCACUAGUGAUAGUACACCGUUAGACGAUAGCAAUAGUAAUAGUGGCAGUAUUAGUAGUAGUGAAACGCUAGAAUUAACCGCAUGUCAGCAUCUGAGGCGUGCGGAGGCGCGUCGCGCCAAGUCAUUAGGCGAUAGUCUGCUGCAAACGGUCCGGAUACCACGAUGUACCGCGCUGGGUGACUUCGAGCCGGUGCAAUGCUCCAACGAGCUUAACGGCACCGAGUGCUGGUGUGUGGACGAGUAUGGCGUGGAGAUUACGGGCAGCAGGCGUAGCCACGCGGAUGACGUCAACUGUACCCGGGUGGAUAACCACUGCCAGGCAUCCAGUUGCCGCAUGUUCUGUCCGGCCGGUUUCGCGAAGGACCUGGCGUCCGGUUGUCCCGUUUGCCGUUGUCGUGAUCCGUGCGAGGACAUCCAAUGCCCACGGGGUCAGCAGUGUGAACCGCAGGAGGUACAGUGUAAGACCGAACCCUGUCCACCGAUUCCAACGUGUCGUAAAGCGCGCAGCCUGAAUGACCUCUGUCCGGCGGGACAACCGCUAGCGAUCACGGGCACCGUGCGUCCCUUCCUGUGCGGAACGGACCCUGGCAAACCGAGCUGUCCACCACUGUACCGCUGUUUGGUGCAGGGUGGCAACGAUUAUGGCGUAUGCUGUCCGGCUUCGUUACAGUUCGAGAAGCCCGGUAGCUGUCCGCGGGCGAACGAAAUAGAGUCGACGGACAGUACAGGGUUCCUGUGCGGCACGCCCUGCAGUCACGAUCUCGAAUGCCCACAGAUGCAAAAGUGUUGCCAGUCCGAUGGUUGUGGCCGGAACUGUCAGCAGCCGCAUAAUGUCACUGUCUGCCAUCAGGCACGCAUGCUGUCGGAGCUACUGUCGGUGAAUGAGCGCGAGGGUCGCGGUUAUGUGCCACAAUGUGAUGGACCCGGGGGCAGCUUCUCAACGCGCCAAUGCUCCCGAAACGGGCUCGUUUGCUGGUGUGUGGAUCCGAAAACUGGUAACAAGGUAAAGGGAACGAUGGGAGCGGCUACCACCGUGAACUGUGAAGGUGUGGAGAAUAUGAUCGGAGGCCGUAGUGGCGGACGAAGCGUGGACGGCGCACAAACGCUUUGCGACCAUAACAUCUGUGCGGCGGUCUGCGAGUAUGGUUUCAAGAAUGACCACAACGGAUGUCCAACGUGUGAGUGUUCGGAGCCGUGCGAGGGAUACCUUUGCCCAAGCGGAUCGCACUGCGAAGUGGCGAAGGAUCCGAAAUGUGAAGCGUAUUCCGGUCUUUGCUCGUCCGAGCCAGUCUGCAAGCCGGAUCUCGUGUACUCAAACCCGUGUGAGAUCGGUACACCGCUAGCAGACAACAUCACCGGUGAGCUGCUAUUCUGUCAUAUGGAGCGUCUUAAGAGUCGCGAAUAUCAAAGUCGUACCUUCUUUGACGAUGACGAACAAGACGAGGAACAAAAUGGUCGGAAACGAUCAAUGUCGAAUACGAUAAUGUGUCCGGUGGAUACGCAUGAGUGCCGUAAGCUGCAUGGCGAAUCCCGCAGUGUCUGCUGUCCUUUGGUGGUCGAAGGUGAAGAUGAGGAGGUGACAGAAGAACGUCAACAAUCGAUGUGUGAAUAUCUGCGCGACUUUUCCGACCGUAUGGAAGGUACGGUGGAGGGGAUGGAACUUGCACUGCCCCCACCGUCCUGUACGUUAGACGGAGGCUACCAGGCAAUGCAGUGUAUUACUCGUAAAACGAAGGUCAAAGUAUCCGAACAGCGGAAGUACAUCGAGCAGAACAGCAUUCGACGUAUGAGAAAACUCCUGGAAGAUGCAUCCGUCGCAGGGCAUGCGUCCGCAACCACGACCGCUUCCUCCACAUCAUCAACUGCUCCCGAAGUUAGUUCUGUAAAUCCACCAGUUCGUGCACGACGUGCUGCUAAUCCUGGUCCUGACAGCACGCUCAAACUAUUGCCCGUUAGCGAUGUAGAACAGAUGAUUGGAGGUGAUCCGACCGGGAUUUACACCAUGCCCGGGUAUCUGGCCGUUCAAGCACGCUCGGCAAAGAUCAUCGAUUUCAAUCGUCUCGAAUCGAAGAACGGUAACGCGAACCUCGACAAACCGGAAAUUAAGCCGUCUACGCUGUUGAAACGUCCACUCGUCGUUCCGACGCUUCCCACGCCAAUGCAAGAGCAGCUGGUAGACGUAGAGAUUGAGGAGUGUUGGUGCACUGAUGGUUUCGGUACGGAAAUACCCAAGACUCGUGGAUUCAACGCAACGACCAAGAGUUGUGAAGCGUUACGAGAAUCUCUAGACUGCUUGGACCUCACGUGUCGUAUGGGCUGUGAUUAUGGGUUUGUGUUGGAUCCUGAUACACAAUGCCCAUCGUGCGAGUGUCGCGAUCCGUGCGACAGCAUCAACUGCCCGGAUGGCCAAGAAUGUCGCUCGGUCGAGGUGUCUUGCGAGGGCGAGUAUUGUCCACCGGUACCGGCCUGUUUCCCCAAGAAGCCCGGCCAGUGUCCUUUCCUGGUGCCUCCUGGAUCGGAGAACUCCGAAUCAGACUCGUGCGAGUACGAAUGCCGUACCGAUGCGCAUUGUGACGGAUCGAAGCGUUGCUGCUCAAAUGGCUGUGGAACGCAGUGUGUUGAGCCACAGCUGAAGACUGCUUGCCAGCAUCUGCAAACGAUUCAACUGCAUCAAGCGUCUGAGCUGGGAAUUCCACCGAAACAGAAGUACAUCGCGCAGUGUGACAUCGAUGGCAGUUUCCGAACGAUACAGUGCGGCCCGGGUAACGUGUGCUGGUGUGUGGAUGAGUUUGGAAACGAGAAGAGUGGAACCCGUACCAACAAUGGUCAACCGAACUGUGAGCUGUUCCCAAAAACGGAAUGUCCACUGCUGAAAUGUCGUCCAUGUGAGUACGGCUACAAGAUUGAUGCGAACGGUUGCAAGACCUGUGAAUGCCGGGAUCCGUGCGGAGAGAUCUCCUGUCCGCGUGGAGAAGAGUGUCAACUUAUCCAGGUGGAGUGCAUUUCGGUGCCCUGUCCAAAAAUGCCAAUCUGCGUACCGAUUCGCGAGUCCGUCUGUCCCGAGGGAUUGCCUUUGCGUUCCAGCGGUCGGGAGAUUGUAUGUGGACCGCAAACCGAUGCGGACACGUGUCCGUCGACACACAUCUGCCAACUAAACCCAAUCAGUAAUCGAGGGGCUUGUUGCGGGAAGACAAGAGACGUUUGUUUUGAGUCGAUUGAUCAGAGUUGCCUGCAGGUGACGGAAUCGGGAUCUGAAAGUAACGAGCUGGACAGCAUCACACGAUGGCGUUUCAGUCCACGGUUGAACAAAUGUGUCCCAGUGACACUGCCACGUGGCGUAUUCUGCCAGUCAAAGAACCUGUUCCACAGUGAGCAGGCCUGUAACGGUGUUUGUCCAGUACUGUCCCAGUGCGAACGUCUUCGUCUAAAGAACGCGAUGGCAGCUAAGCGAGCAGGUCAACCAAACACCUGGUUCCAGCCACGUUGUGAUCCGGAAACUGGUUUUUGGAGUCCUGUGCAGUGUCUCGGAUCGAUGGGAGCAUCAUCGGCCGAUUCUAACGAAACGAAUAGAACAGCAUCAAUGAACACGGAUUCUCCAGCCGCAGUCGGGGUGUGCUGGUGCGCCGACAAGAAGGGUGCUCCGGUGAAAGGCUCGCUAACGAAAGGCUCCGAACCGAAGUGCAGCAGUCGACAGGCACGUCGGCGUGGUGACUCAAUUGAGACGUCCUCCAGCGAUCCAGUGAUGGAAGAACUGAUACGACAGAUCACGUUCCUGGUGGACGAAAACAACUAUCUGGUGGAUGAAGAUCUAGAGCCUGUUCAGCCGGUCUCUGUGGCCAGCGCCAACUACGCUCCGGAACCACGCUACAUCGGUUCAGUGUCAUCCGCUACGGAAAAGGUCAUCGAGCUGGCACGCACCGCCGAGAGCCGCAAUUACAUUAGUGACAACGGAGCCGAACCUAUCGCCAAGCGACUUAGCGCUUCUGCAACACGAUGCCAAGCCCUGCAAAUGGCUGCCUCCUUUCCGGUGGCCUGUGAUGAGGCCGGUUCGUUCGAGCCGAUGCAAUGCAAUGGUGAUACGUGUUGGUGUGUGGAUGCGGCCGGCAACCAAAUGCCACUGUCCAGCACCUUCAAGCGUGGUCAACGGUCCUGCCUAUUCACACCGAUCGACGUGGUUGAAAUCGAGCUACGGCUGAACAACGUCCACCCACAGCGGCCAUUGUUACAUGUCUACGAAACCCUCCGUACCGAACUUUCCAUGCUCGUGGGCAGCAUUUAUGACAACUAUCGGGUGCAGGAGAACGUCGAUGGAAGUGUUACGUUGCGGUUCGAUCUGAUCGAAAGCACCAAGGUGGACGAUGCGUACGCGAUCGAGGAAAUGGUACGGGAUGGAUCGUUUGCACUGUACCAUGGUCAGCUGGUAGCGGAUAUGACACAGUCUCGGUUCGCGCAUCGCAUCUCGGCAGGAGUUCCGCUGGCCCAACCAUCGUCCGGCAUCCCGGAAAAUACCUUCCAGACGAUCGUGUUCGUGCUGGCGACGGCAUCCGCCUUCCUAGUCGCCAUCUUUGUGGUGUUUGUGAUGCUGAAGCGGGGCCGCAGCACCAAAACCAAACACUACUCCAACGGAGACAAAAUAUUCGCCAUCGGUGCGGACAAGUAUGUCGACUACAGUUCACCCAUCUUUGUGCUCAGUGCCAACGAUAGCAAAUCAAUCCAGCAUCAACAACAGCAGGGUCGCUCCGAUUAA